ACAAUGACGAAUCCGUUUUGCUAGUGAUUUUACUACAUGCAUUGAGUAAACCACGGAGUAACUUACUCGCGUGGCAUCAUUCUUCUAUUUUCACAUCCGUGAGGUAACCAAUGGUGGCAAAUGACAGCAAGUGACGGAAAGACGUCGUUGAGAAAGUGACAACUGACAAGUGUUCUAGAACCUCCAAGAGUUCGACAUGGCAUACGUUUCUGAAGAUGGAUCUGUGCUCCAGACCGAACCCUGGCCUCGUAGAUUGGUUUCAUUUUUUUUGGGAAUUGUCUACAUGUUUUUCAUGUUUUUCAAGUCAUUCGUCAGCCCUGUUUUAAGUGUCGUUGGAACAUCUGAGGAUUCGUACAAUCAGGGCACAUACAGAAGGGACUACAGGCCUGGCUCAGGACCACCACGUCCACCUUCACGCAGACUUGGGAGACCGAAUACAGGAUCAUCCAACAUUUAUACUCCAGGACCAUGUGGUGGAUGCGGUUGUGGAUAAAAUUAAAAACCGAAUUCCCACCAUUCUUUCCAAGGCAUUCAUAUUUUAAAUCGCUAAGUCAAAUUGAAAUCAGAUGUUAUGAAAUGAAACGGUUGUAAGCUAUCAAAGUGAAGUAACUGAACUUUUAGUUAAACUUCCUAAAUC